UGCGCGACAUAUAACUGUGCACGAUCAAGCUUAUUACUAGAUUCCAGAAGACUGAUUUUUCACCUUUCCGAGAAGGCCACCAAGUUAUCUCGAAGGCACAUCGAAGCAAAAUAUUAAAAACGAAGUGGGUUAGUCCUGCAACAACACAAAGAUGUCAGUCUUAUACCAGUUCGUGUUUGGUCUAGUCGUCAUGCAGAUGUCAACAGAAAUAUUUGCGCUUGAACAGUGUUCCGGGAACCUAUGUAAUCAUUUGUCACCCAAAAGUUGCUUGGAUCAUUUGAAGCGAGGCUCGACAAGUGACGGCUACUACAAAAUCUAUAACGAAGAAGACAACAGCUUGGACAGCGUGUAUUGCGACAUGGUACCCGAGGUCGCUGCAGCCUGGACACUAGUAGAAUCAUUCAGCAGGGCAAACAAAGACGAAGAUUCGUUUAAAAAACAUCCGUUGAAGACAAAUGCCCCGGUAAACGAGAAAUCAGCAAAUUUUAUCCGGUACAGAAUGAGCCAGCCCCAAAUGAUCAGUUUGAAAGCGAAGUCAACCCACUGGAGAGCGACAUGUAGCUUUCCUGUCAAUGGAGUUGACGGUCGUGAUCAGGCGAGAGGAAAUUUCAAAGAUUUUGAUAUCAUGACGUACAUUGGAAGUGGUCUCUGUAAACAGAUGGAAUAUGUCAACAUACGAGGUCAUGAAUGUUCCCAGUGUACUGCAAGAUGGUGGGCUGUCCGCAACACGUACAAUUUAGCCAUCGACAGUUCACAUGGUGGUUGCGAGUUCGUACCAACUGCUGGUUCUGUACCAAGCGAAGAUAACUUUGGCGUUUAUAACACAAUCAACCCAUAUUUCCGUUGCAUGGCCACUGCUUCCUCGACCACAAACUGGUGGUUUGGAGGAUACCAAUGCAGUGAAUAAGAUCGUGCCUAUGACUUGGCCGUGACACAAUUAUAUUUCAUUUUUCCUCUUUCUUGUGAAUGAUAAUAGAUUGUAAUGGAACAGCCUAGAAAACUUUAACUGUUAUCGAAUUACAGAUUUGUAGAUGCAGACAUUUGUUGAUGCGAAAUAAAAUUUCCAACUUUUAA